GUUUCAGGUUGAGCCUGUCGAUUGCAAGCUCUUCUCUUUCUCUCUCUCUUUGCAUAGCAUAUAUACAGUGUUGGACAUUAUUAUAAGGGCAGUGUCAUACUCUCCUUUUUAUUUCUCUCCCUUGCAAGCGCUUUCAUUUAUUACACCUUGUCUUUUGCUUUUUCCAUUCUUCCCCUUCUCUCUGAAAAAUGCUCUUUGCCUCCUCCCUCUUUCACUCAUCACCUUCCUUACACCUUUUGUCCACAGUGUUCUCAGUCUUUCUCUCUCUCUCUUUCUGUGUCCCUGCAAAACUACCCUAGGGUUUUAAUUUUCUUCUCUUUGAACUCUCACAUCCAACAGUGGAAAUCCCCCCAAGAAUUUUUCAAUGACUGCAACAACUUAUCUUUUCUCUUUUCCUUAGGAGAAUCAAAGAAAAAACAGAUCUUGAAAGAGCCUUAAACACAAAGGAGAAGAAAAAGUAAAUUAUAUACAGAGAAAUCUAAUGGCUUCGUCUAGCAGCUAUUCAAACUCUCCUUGUGCUGCGUGCAAGUUUCUGAGACGAAAAUGCAUGCCGGAUUGCAUAUUCGCUCCGUAUUUCCCACCAGAAGAGCCACAGAAAUUCGCAAACGUCCACAAAAUAUUCGGCGCAAGCAACGUCAGCAAGCUCCUGAACGAAGUCCUUCCUCAUCAGAGAGAAGACGCCGUUAACUCUCUGGCUUACGAAGCCGAGGCUCGGAUGAAAGAUCCGGUCUACGGCUGUGUCGGAGCCAUUUCGGUGCUCCAAAGGCAAGUGAUUAGGCUCCAGAAGGAAUUGGACGCCACGAAUGCUGAUCUAAUGCGCUACGCGUGCAAUGAAAUGCCAGCUGAUCAUCAUUCUCACUAUGCAGGAUCAAGGAGGAGUAAUAAUAGUAACAAUAAUUCAGGUCAUGGAAGUGGUGGUGCUGGUAGUUCUUGGGGCUUGAAUUCCGGCUUGUAUUUUUCUUCUCCAUGGAAUGAUAGUCAAGAGAGAGGAACAGAAGGUAAUAUGUAAUUAAUUGAUUAAGCUCUCAUCAGUAUUUUGCCAAGAUGAAAAAUAUUCAUAUAUUUAAAAAAAAAAAGGAAAAGAAAAAGAAAAAGAAAAAAACUGUUAUCAUAAGUGCAUGAUUAAUUAGUAGGCCUAGGGAAAAGACUAGAUGUUUUUAUGUUUACCCAUUUUAGGGACUAUUGAUUUAAUUUCUAGCUCCUUGUAUUGUUUCUGCUAUUAGAUCAUAUGGUAUGGUAAUAUUGGAUCCUCUACCUAUUUAUAAAUUAUAUAAAUAUGACUCU